AUGAAUCCUUCUAUUUUUAUUAUUUGGUCAUUAUUUCAUUUGUUUUUUUAUUCCUGUUAUGGAGGGUUAAGUCCUAAAUAUAAAAAUCAAGGAAAUAAAGCCUUAAAUAUAAGUUCAAAAAUUUAUACUAUUAGUGUACUUGGAGAAUCACGUUGCCCUGAUACAACUCGUUUUUUUAAUAAUCAUUUUGCUAAAUUUGUUUCUGAAUUUGGAGAUGAUAAGAAUGUUAAAAUGAAUUAUAUUCCUUUUGGAAAAGCCAGUUGCAAAAAGGUGGGUGAUGAUUAUGAAUGUGUUUGUCAACAUAAGCUACUGGAAUGCCAAUUGAAUGCUUUACAAAAUUGUGUCAAAGAUGCUUAUCAAAAUAAGUUUAAAGAUUAUUUUCCAAUUGUUCAUUGUAUCCAGGGAAAAACAAGUAUUGAUGAUGCUGCCAGCCAAUGUUUUACUAAUAUAAGUAAAAAAUUGUCGAAAGCGUUGAAACAAUGUGGUAGCGGUAAAAAAGGUAGAAAAUUGUUAGCAGAAGCAGAAAAAGUUCAACUAAGUAAAGCUCCAAAUCUUAAUUUUGUUCCUUGGAUUAUUAUAAAUUCUGAACGAAAUGAAGAUGUUUUUCAUACAGGAUUUGAAAAAUCAAUAUGUGAAAACUAUCUUACAGACUCUAGUGCUCCAGCAGCAUGUUCAACAUAUAUGUACAACCAAAUUUUAACUUCUAUAAAUUCUGAAAAACGUUUUUAA